UUUACGGACUCUUGUGGAACAACAAUUGUGGAUAUUGCGGAGCAAGGCAUCAAUUACAAUGCCGAGUUGGAUCGCAUGUGGAGGAACUUUCAAGUAGAGAUUCAGAAAGAAAAACAUCUUUUGUUUUGCACCACCCACGAAUUCAGUCAUGUUUGCCAAUAUGAAAUUGAGUGUGGAUUAAGUGUUGUCAGAGACUGUACACCUGUAGUUAGAAUAGUGAACACCUGUGAAGAUGAAACCAACGUGUCCUUUGACAUUGAAGAAUGGAUAAACUUUAUUCGAAUUAUUCAGAAUAUUUCAACUGAGCAACCGGAGGAGAUGAGCAGUUUAUCAGUUACAUUUCAAAAAGUGUCCGAAGAAAUUUGUUUAUCAUACGAUCCGAUAUUUAAUUGUGUAAAUUUAUAUCGAGCAGACAGUUGUGUACUUUUACACAGGUGCGACAUUGAAAAUAUUAUUUUGUUAAAUGGUAUAAUAUGUAGUAUAAUAGAAAUCUUGACAACGGCAUUCCCCUCUCCUUUUCUUCCUCUUCAUACCGAUAAUUGUUUGUAAUUGUUAGAAUAUGUACGAAUGUUACAUUAAUAAUAAUUAAAUUUAUAUUGUAAUUAUUGUAGGUUUAUCAGUUUAGUAAUUAUAUUUGUAAAAAAUAUUAUCCAUUUUGUGAAAUAAAUACUGUAUACUCUAUUUCAUUGUUUUAUUUACAUACAUUUUAAUUUACGACUAGGGUAUUUUUAUUGUGCAUCAUUGUCGUUCAUUCAAGUUGAGAUUUGAUAACUUGUACAGACAAGUUGGAUUUACUCUGUCAAGUCACGCCUACUACUACCACCACCACCAACACUAUUUUGUGAUUAUUGGUCGGGAGGGUGAGGGUGAACUUUACUUUUUACAUUUUCAUUCUCAUCGCUGCCAUUCCAUCAGUGGCAGCUUUACCAUCACCAUCAUCAUCACUAUCAUCAUCAUUAAUCAGGGUAAGUACAAAUAAUUAAUAACUUUUGUAUAAAUGUAUGUUAUAUGAAUAUUUCUCUAAGCAGUGAACAGAAACAUGGAUUUGCAACAAAUCAACGCUGUAACCGAUCAGAACAGAAAACCCAUAUCCAAGCUGACCAGUCUACAGGAAGGAGAAGGUCAUUUGAUACUCGGGAUGAGGAUAGUGAAUGGCACAUUCGGUAAAAGUGUCAUGGUGGAGUUGGAAAAAACUGUAGUGUUUCUGCCGAAUCGAGCGACCCAUGUACUGGAGGCCAACAUCGAGAAGUUUGAACCGGAAAAAUACUUGCUUGUAUUCACAGGUCAACAACUCAUUGGUGGUUACUCCAAGCCACUUGCCACAUUUCAAAUUGUUACGAAAUAAUAAUAAAAAUUAUACAUUAUAUAAAUACACAAUAAUAAAAUCAUAAUUAUAAAUUAAUUGCAUUUUCAUUCACUCUUGCGUCUUCCUACACUUUUGGUCUGAGGUGGCCCACGACUCAUACACUCGUGACGUCACUCCUACGCUUUUGGUCUGAAGUGGCCCACGAACGGGUAAAAAUAAACAAAUGUGCGCAUAUGCGUCUUCCUUCGCUUUUGGACUCAAGUGGCCCACGAGGAAAAGUAAACAAAGGUGCGCAUAUCAUACACUCGUGACGUCACUCCUACGCUUUUGGUCUGAGGUGGCCCACGACUCAUACACUCGUGAUGUCACACCUACGCUUUUGGUCCGAAGUGGCCAACGAAAGGUGCGCAUAUCGUACACUCGUGACGUCACUUCUACGCUUU